AUGGACUGGGAGUGGGGCUUCGUUCCCCUCAGCUCCACCAAUCCUCCAACUCCUGAAGCAAAGGAGCGCUUUCCUCGCAUCGCGGCAGAGCAGCGAGGCCCUUGCCAGAAGCGGGAUCUGGACACGGUGGACCCGGAUCCAUACGUGCACUGGACCGAGCUCAAGAUGGGCGGCACCCACGCUUCGUGCCCCGAUGCUCCCUCAGCCAGCGCCAACCCACAGGUUGUGGAGCACGCUGUUCCUAUCCAAGCUGAGGUUGGCCAGGAGUUCCUGGAGAAGCUUGCCUCCCAGGGCAGGAAGAACAAGGCACCGGCACCAGAUGCCGGUUCGAGCCAGGCUCCUCCCGCCAAGCGCGCCCGACAAGAAGUUGUCGGCGGGAAGACGGUUUCUAAGAAGCACUACCGGAGGCGAGAGAUGCCGGUUGCUUCCGGGGCUGCGCUCAAGAUCUCCAAGAGCGCCACCGGCAUGAUGCCGGAAAGCUCUGAGGAAGCCGCGGGGACCUCACCUCCUCCUCAACCAAGCCGGUACCAUCUGGUGCCGGCAACUCUUCCGCCUCCCCUAUGGGAGGCACCACAAGUGCGGGGCGCGCGGCCCCUGAACCUUCAGAACACCGCGCGGAGGCGGAUAUUGUCUCCCCUCCAGAAACUCAAGAUAUCAGCGCCAGCAACACCGGCGCCACCACUGAGGAUGCCGGGAGGGUGGAGCCUUUGGCUCCUCCCGCCCCGAAGAAGAAGAAAAAGAAGAACACAACCUCCUCUCCCUCCAAGACCAUGCCGGAGCCUUCCGCUCCGGCAACCUCUAUUCCGGCAAAGGACGCCACAGAAGCUCCUGCGCCUCCCAAGGCUACACCGAAGCCCCCACCGGCUGCUUCUACCGGCGAGCCUGCCGCCGCCAAGACAAGAUCCCGCGGCGGCCAAGCCUACAGCUCCGGAGGGCGUCAAGCUCUCCAAGCCAAAAGCUGCCGCAAUGGCCUCCGGCCCGCAGUCCCUUGUACUGCAUGCCGGUCGCGCCGCUAUUGUGGCCGGGGAAACGGCUUCAGCUCAGCUGGCCCGGAUCACCGAGCUCACCCGCGGAGGAGCUGAGCUAGGGCAUCUUCUUGAUUACGCUGAGAAGUGGAAUCAAGCUGAUGAGUCCCCGGCGACGCGCGGCCUGGGGAAGGACAAGAUGCCGGUCAUCGAUCCCGCGGGCCCUCGAACUGUUCCGGAAGCCUCCAUCGAGGCCCUCAAAACUCAGCUCGCUAAUCUUCAAGCUGAAAAGGAGCAGCUCGUCCAGACGCACCGCAAAACUCUGGACGCCCAGAGGGUUGCCUUCGUGAAGCUGAAGGAGGAGCUGGUGCAGGCUGAGCUCCGGCAUGACCGGGAGCGGAAGGAGGCCAAGGCCGCAGCCGAGGCCAAGCUUGAUGAGACCCUGAAGGAGUGCGCUGAUUCUACCGCGGUGCUGCGGGCUGAGCUGGAGGAGGAGAGCGGGGCGCGGAAGGCGGCCCAAGGCCGGAUCGCCCUCCUGGAGGCGGAGCAGAAGGAGUACGACCGGUUGGUUGUGUAA